AUGUAAAAUAGUGAAUAUUAAAAACUUUUUAUUUAUCCUUAACAAUAAAAGACACCAAAGAAAGGUAAGAAUUUUUAGACUCCAUUAAAACUUUACAAUAGGAACUAUCAAUUCAAAAAAUAUUAAUAGAUCAAGUUUUAUUAACUUAAGAAACUUUCAACCCAUCAAAGUCAGAAGACUGUUAUAUUUAUAUAUUAUAAAAUCAAAAACAAAGUCGCUAUGAAUUAAAAAGAAUAAAAAUAAACUUAUUGA